GGAAAAAACACUGUAUUGUGAGGGCGGUGAGGCCCUGUCACAGGUUGCCCAGAGAAGCUGUGGGUGCCCAUCCCUGGAAGUGUUCAAGACCAGGUUGAAUGGAGCUCUGAGCAGCCCGGUCUAUUGGAAGGUGUCCCUGCCCAUGGCAGGGGUUUGGAACGAGGUGACCACAAGUAAAAGGUGUUCAGAAGGGCAGAUUUGCUUGGUUUUGCUCCUCGCAAAGGCUGGGUGUGUUUGUGCUGUAAUGAUUUUGAGGGGAAUGGGGGGGGAGACGCGUGUGGGUCGUGCCCAGCCAUCCCACCCCAUCCCUAACCCUAACUGUUCCAUCUCCAGCUGGGCUUCUUUCCCCACAAAGCGGAAACGGGGGGCACGGUGAGUGUGGGGGAGCUGAUAUGUCACUUCCUUCUGUCUUCCUGCUUCCGUAGAUCCACCUCUUCGCUGCGCUGCGGGGUAGAGGAGAGCGGAGCUGGAGCUGGGGCGGUGGGUUUCUUUGGCGUGCUGGAAGUCAGGACACUUGGGUUCUUUUCCUUUCCCCUCUGUGGAUAUGCCACGUGACAUUCUGUGCCUUAGUUUUCUCCCGUGUAAAAUGCGUGUAUUUACGUGCAAGGAUGCUUUCAGAAUUGGGUCUGGAGAGGAAAUACUUAGACAAACUGGUGAUGUUUCAGCAGGAUGUAUUUGGAAGUGGCACAAGUGUGCUCUUGCCGACAAUGUCCUUGUCCUUUUUUACUUUCUGUUUCCUUUCCCAGUAUCUUACCUUUUGUCACAAUUGCAAAAGCAAAACCAACCCCAACAGCCUUACUUCGAGGAAAUGGCACAGGUACAGGGGAAGCAGCCAGGUGUGACUGUUCCUUUCUCUCAGCUGCAUCUCUGUCUUCUGACUGGAGGGCAGUGGAAGGGCCUCCAACUCAUAUAGGUGAAUUGGUCCCCUUGGGUUCCCACAGCCUGCUCCUGUGACAAUAGAAGUGGAAACGGAGGGUUGCAGAAGGACUUUGUGACAGCAAGGGAUUGACUAUAGAACAGGAGAUGAAAAUCCAACGUUGAUAAGUGGGAUAUGAUGUGUCAGAGUAGUAACUGUAAUGCUGAUGUCCUCUGCACUGUCUGAUACCACUUCAGAAAGAGAUCUGGGGAGCUGUAGUACGUAGUUGUUGCAAAACCACAAUUCUAGGCCUGAUAUUGGGUGCAGGAAUAGUCAAUUAACUGUAGGUCUGGUCACAUUCAAAGGAGCCAGUCGGGUUCACGAAGAGUGUGGCUUAUUAAAUGUAAUAUAUGAGGUUCUUUUGAAUUGUCCGAGAUAUAUGCGUGUUAUUGAAGAAUAGCUCUAUAAAACACUAACAACACAAUUGCAAUCACAACUUAAUGUUCUGGGUGAAAACAUAGGGAGAUUUAGGUUGGACAUCAGGAAGAAUUUCUUCACAGAAAGAGUGAUUAGAUAUUAGAAUGUGCUGCCCAGGGAGGUGGUGGAGUCAUCAUCCUUAGAGGUGUUUAAGAAAAGACUGGACAUAGCUCUCAGUGCCAUGGUCUAGUUGACAAGGUGGUGGUUGGUCAUAGGUUGGACUCAGUGAUCUCAGAGGUCUUUUCCAACCUAAUUGAUCGUGUGAUUCUGUGACUUCAUGUAGCCAAGUACACAAGUCUCACUGAAAGGUAUCCCUUCUGGGGAGGGUGAGGAGGACAAACUGUACAACGUGCUGUGGCUGGGACUGUCAUCCAGUGUUCCAUUCUUUGUGGUCGCAUUGCAUGGAGUACUUAGGAGGUGUAGUUGGUAGCAGUCUUGGUAAGCAAGUGGAAGAACGAGACCACGUGGCUCCCACCCCUCCUCACAUUCGUCCCUGAUGCUUGGCAGCACAAACUACCGGCCCUCCAUCUGGUUUUUAUGUCUACUUUCAUCACUGUGGACUUCAUCGCAUGUUGAGCUUUGCAUUUGCUUCACUGCUUUGAGCUUCCAGCAAUAGUUUUAUGAAAGUGUCAGCUCUUUGCUCAGAAGCGGUCUAAAAUGUGACUGGAAUAUUAACAAUUAUUAAGAAAAGGGUACAGAGUGACUUUGUGACUUUGUACUGUAAAUGGUAGCCCACCCUUUUGAAGAUGGCUUGCUCCUCUUGGAGCAAGCAAGAGUAGAGAAGGGAUUGAGAAGUGACGGAGCUGAUCAAAGAUGCAGACCAGCUUCUGGACAAGGAACAGAUUCACAGACAAGACACAGUAGGAGAAAUAAGAAUUUUGCUGUCAUGAGUGCGAGUGGAAGAGCGGACUAAGGAACAAGCAUUUCCUGCCUUUUUGGACAGAUCUUGGGGCUCCACUGGAGUCUGUGAGCAGCUAACUUAAGCCCUGCAAAAGCAAGACAUUGUUUAGGUGAAAUGUAAUUAAAUUGUGAAACUGGAACCCUACCUUUAGCCUCCCCCUUCUUACAUGGGAGCACCCAGCCAGAUCCAUUGCCCUGUUUAGCUCCAUGUCCUGUUCUGGGCAGUACUCCAUAGCAGAAAGCUAGGGAAGAGGAAGGAACUGAAGCAAGGCUCCUGUGGGGGUGUCAUGGGUUUGCGUGGCCAGAUUUUGGUAGCGGGGGACGGUUUCAGGUGUGGCUUCUGUGAGAAGCUGCCAGAAACUUCCCCCAUAUCAGACAGAGACAAUGCCAACCAACUCCAGGAUGGACUUGCCACUGGCCAAGGCUGAGGCAAUCAGGAGUGAUAGUGAUGCCUCUGUGAUAACAUAUUUAAGAAGGGGAAAAAAAUUAUCGGGCAGAUGUAAUUGUGGUCAGAGAAGAGUGGAGUAAGAAUAUUAUAGAGGAUAUAGUAGAAAACUAUGUGUGUGUGUGUGUGUGUGUGUGUAUGUAUGUGUAUAUGUAUGAGAGGAUAGCAGAAAACUCUGCAGACACCAAGCUCAGUGGAGAAGGAGGGGGAGGUGCUCCAGACACCAGAGCAGAGAUUCCCCUGCAGCCCCCGGUGCAGAACAUGGUGAAGCAGCUGUGUCCUGCAGCCAAUGGAGGACCACAGGGAUGCAGAGAAUCACCUGCAGUCCCUGGAGGAGACCCACACUGGAGCAGGUGGAUGCCUGAAAAGAAGGCUGUGAACCGUGGGAAACCCAUGCUGAAGCAGGCCCCUUGCAGGGACCUGCAGACCCAUGGAGAGAGGAGCCCACACUGGAGCAAGUUUCCUGGUGUAGGACUUGUGAUCCUGGGGGAGAGCCACGCUGGAGCAGACUGUGCCCAAAGGACUGCACCCCAUGGAAGAGUGACCCACAUUGCAACUGUUUGUGGAGAACUAUCGCCCGUGGGAUGGACUCACGCUGGAGAAGUUUAUGGAGGACUGUCUCCUGUAGAAGGGAUCCCAUGUUGGAGCAGGAGUAAGACUUCUCUCCCUUAGCAGUGGCAGAAACAUGUGAUGAACUGACUAUAACCCCAAAUCCCCAUCUCCCUGUGCCACUGGGGGAGGAGGUAGAGCUUGGGAAGGAGGGAGGGGAAGGGGGAAGGUGUUUUUAAGAUUUAUUUUAUUUCUCAUUAUCCUGCUCUGAUUUUAUUAGUAAUAAAUUCAGUUAAUAUCCCCAAGUUGAGUCUGUUUUGCCUGUGAUAUUAUUUGGUGAGUGAUCUCUCCUGAGUCUGUAAGAACACCAGGGUCUGUAGACUCCGUCUUUAGCCUCUUCCUCACUAAGUUCCUAGAACUGGUUCCUCUGACUGGGCCUGAGCAGGGCCUAUGUAUCUGCAUCAGUUCCAGGUAUUAGCUUGCCACAGAGAACUUUUCUUGCAUUCUAGGCCAUUCAAACUCCAGUUCAUUCUCCUUUUAAAUUUCUUUCUGUCUGUUUUCUAUUCUGUUUCUAAUAUUUCUAUAUAUUUCUGUUUGUUUCUAUCAUAUUUAUUUAAUGCUGAAGUUCUGAGACUGUUGUGAUGGUCACUGUAUAGAUGCAUAUUGGAAAUCAGUUCCUAUCCUGCCUUGCUUACAAGAGGUAGAAGGAUGGAGGGGAAAUCCCCCCUAGAUGUCUGUGAAGGUAAAGUGGCUUGUUGUGAUGAAGUAAAUUCUCAGUAGCAUGAGCUAGAGGGGAGAAAACAUAUAAAAAAUCUCUUUCUGCUCUGGUGCAGUUCUCACUUGGGACUACCCAGUCUGUUUUAUGCAAGGGAGAUGGGAACUAAUGAAAACAGUUUGUUGAAAGCCAGAUAAAAGUUGCAAGAUUUGGUGGACUAUGAGAUUUUGUACUUGGACCUUACUACCUUUCCCUCACUAGAAUAAUAUAACUUCAGAUCUUCUUAUUUCUUGAAAGUAAAUGCAGACUUUUCUUCCCCUUGUCAUACAGGAGUUUGUGCUGUCAGAGGUGGCGUCUCCAGCAAAGGACAGUGGAGUAUCACACUUAGUAGGAGUGGGAAGUUGUUGAAGAUUUCUGCGGUGGACUUGCACAAAAAAACGCAAAUUUUUUCCUGCUCUAGGUGCUUUCUGGAUAAUGGCGAAGAUGGUGAGAAGAACAUGUGCAUUUUGUUCAGAAGGGGCGGCUGGUUCUGUAAUGUAUGUUGCCAAAGAGAGCGAUAUUGCAGCUCAUCAGGAUUGUCUGUUAUUUUCCUCAGGAUUUGUGGAAUCUGAAGAGUAUAACCCAGAAAAUCUGGAUAUAAGGUUUGAUGUGGCAUCAGUGUUGAAAGAGCUCAGGAGAGGAAAGCGGCUGGUGUGCAACUUCUGCCGCAAGAAAGGAGCCACAGUGGGCUGUGAGGAGAGAGCCUGCCGCAGGAGCUACCACUACUACUGCGCGCUCUGCGACGACGCUGCCAUAGAAACCGACCAAGUGAAGGGAGUCUACCGAGUGUUCUGCCCAAAACAUGACCCAAGCAAUAGGACCAGUCACUAUGGUGCAGCCAAUAAGAAGAGAAGAUAUACAUUGACAUCUCCUGACAUCACAGAAGAAAUGAAAACAGAAGAGAAAGCAGAAGAAAACCAUUUCCAAACACUAAAAAGAAAAAACAACAGGCAUAAAGUCCAGAUAGACAUUGUAAGGAAAUGCAAACAGGCUGGGCUUCUAGAUGACAUAUUUGAAGAAAUGCUGGACACACUUCACCUGGCACAGGAAAAACUAAUGGAUGACAACACUUCAGAAACAGAAUAUGAAGAGACAGUAAUGGCACUGUUUGACUGUGGACUGUUUGAAAAUAUACUGACAAAUAUUCAUUCAGGAAAAUGGAAGCAACAGAGAGAAGCAGAAAUGCAGUCAGGCAGAGCUUUGCAAAUAAGGAACAGAAGAAAAAAUACAAGAACUUCUAGAAAACAGAAAAAGACUGGAUCACAAGAUAGAGCUACUGCAGGACUUAAAAGAAGUCCUUCCUACCCCAGAGAGCACAGCCAGUACAUCUAGUAUGAUGUCUGAAUAACGCUUAAGUCUGUCUGUAAUCAUGUCAAUAUUUAGGAUUUUCUAAUGAUAGAAACCCUAGAGCACAUCUGGUUCAUGUCUAAGUAAGUUCCCGCUCCCAAGACAGGGACAUAAACAAGAACUGGGUCACAUACUCAUUUUUAUACCUCAAUGGUGCAAUAAUUUUAAGUUCUUAAAAUUUUCAAAUCUUCGUCUUCAAACCUUACUGUGUAGUACUUCAGUGUUAUACGCUAAAUUUAGCUUUUUUAAACCCUCCAGUGAAGACUUUUUGCUUCAAGACAAGGGAACAUCAGAUGCAACAGAACACUUGUUAAAGUCACUUUAACUGUGGAGCCCUCUCCUGACUGUGCCAUAGCUGCUGCACUGUCUGUGUCUAGACAGUGAUGUUUUCAGGAUCAUAUUGGUGCUUUGGCUUUCCAAAGAAGAUAAAUGAGCAGAACUUGCACUUAAGGAAGCCUUUUGAAUGUUGAACAGGACUUGAAUUAAAAAACUCAAGUUAUUCUUGUUUGACUGGUCAGUGUGUAACUAGUUCUGCUGUAAUGGCAGUGGCAAUACAGUGUUUACAGCCAGACCAAAAACAGUUGGGCAUUAUCCUCAGAAUAUGUACAAUGUCAAAGGGAUCAAACAGUGGUCUGUGUCUUCCUUUCUCCAUUACGAAAGGAUCCAACUUCCCUGUGUUUUGCCUUUAAAAAGUUGUUUGAAUACAGAAAAGCAUUGUUUAGCUACAAAAGGUGAAGUUCACAAAAUAAAACAUUUUUUAAAAAAGCUA